UGUUCCUGUCUAAGCAUUUUAAUGAGCGUAAGCCCUCAGGAGGAAUAGUCAGAACUCACAGAAACCAAAGUCAGCCCCGUGGGAAACAAAGCUCUCCGGCUGCUCACCGUACAGACAUGCAGCCGUUCACUUUGGUCGGUGCUCUGGUCCUUCUGCUUCACAUCUCCUCAGGCAAUGCGGAUGCACAGAGGCACUACCGACAAGUCCUUACUGGAAGCCAACCAGGUGUUUGUCGCUACGGCAGGAGGCUGGAGUGUUGCUAUGGCUGGAAGAAAAACAGUAAAGGACAGUGUGAGGCUCAAUGUGACCACGGCUGCAAGCAUGGAGAGUGUGUUGGCCCCAACAAAUGCAAGUGUUUCCCAGGAUACAACGGAAAGACAUGUAACCAAGAUCUGAAUGAGUGUGGCCUGAAGCCUCGUCCCUGUCAGCAUCGCUGCAUGAACACCUUUGGAAGUUACAAGUGCUACUGCCUCAAUGGUUACACAGUAAUGUCUGACGGAUCUUGUGCAAAUUCCAACACAUGCUCUAUUGCUCACUGUCAGUAUGGCUGUGAGGAAGUUCAGGGGGAGAUUCGCUGCCUCUGCCCGUCUGCAGGGCUGCAGCUGGGGCAAGAUGGGAGGACAUGUGUAGAUGUAGAUGAAUGUGUAACUGGGAAGAACCUCUGCCCAUACAACAGACAAUGUGUGAACACCUUCGGGAGCUACCUGUGCAAGUGCCAGGGCGGCUACGACCUGAAAUAUGUUGACGCCAAAUAUGACUGUGUAGACAUUGAUGAGUGUGCAGCCGGCACCCACAAGUGCAGCCAGCACGCUUUCUGUGUGAACUCUCAAGGAUCCUUCAAGUGCAGGUGCCAGCCUGGCUACAGAGGCAAUGGCUUUGAAUGCUCUGUUAAGCCGUUUUAUCAGCGGUCGUGGGAUGGAGACAAAGGCAGUGCAGAUGAUUUCCUAAAUGCCAUCCCAGACUCCCAAGUGAGGCCUGAGCUUCUGGGAGGAACAUUUGACAACCAGGACAUCAGAAAUCUUAUCCCGGAACCAGUGGCAACGCUGCCUCCAAGGAUCCGCGAGCAGCCUUUCGACUAUGAUGGAGAGGUCUACGUUGGCCCUGAGCAGGAACAGGUGAAUGUAUUUCCUUUGGCAGAAGAAGAGGAGCAGGAGGAAAACGAGGAGGCUGAAGACAACCGUCUUAAUCAAAGAGGAGACGUUUUCAUUGCAGAGGACUUUGAAUCCGUGUUUGGACCAGCGACAGAAGUCAAAGAAAUGUUAAUAGCACCAGUUCAGGAAGAGUUCAUUAUGGAUUGCAACUUUGAUCAGGGAGCAUGUGAGUGGAUCCAAGACAAGACUGAUGACAUGGACUGGAGCGUAUCCUACCAUAAUGAUGCUGAGUACUACAUGGCCAUGAGUGGGCUCCUAGGAGAGCCGGAGGAUAUAGCCAAGCUGAAGCUGCUCCUCAGUGACCGGGCCCAGCAGGGCAGCUUCUGCCUCACCUUCGACUUCCGUGUGGUGGGCCAGAAUGUGGGAAGUCUCAAGGUGCUGCUGGAUAACAACGCUUACCCUGUAUGGGAGCAGAGCCGAAGCAGAAACCAGGCAUGGCAGACAGAGAUCCUCACUGUGACCUGGAAAGAGGAGGCACCAACAUCGAUUUUCUUUGAAGCUCAGCAUGGGAAGGAGGUUGCAGGAGAGAUUGGGCUGGACAAUGUUGUGCUGACCUCAGGGCCCUGUCAAGAGGAUGUCAGCCCAUUUGUCUAGGAGUAUCCACCCCGGAUUUACAAUGUUAAAAUCUGCCUUAACUGACACACAUAGGAUUCCUGUUUCCUGCCUGUAAUAUGAUCUGGAGUUUCUCAUGUUUUUUGCUAGCCACAAGACAUCCACAUAAAGAUACAGAACUUAGUCUCUAGGGAAGAAUAUGUAUUAUCAGUGCAUGCAUGUUCACAAUAUCAGCAUGCUGCUAGAUGAACACAUCUGGCUCCAUUGUGAUUGUUAUACAUAACUCCGAUCUCAGGAAUAGAUGGACAUGUCUAUUAAGUUAGAUGUCACAGUAUUGUGCUUAGUCUUUUUUGUGUAUGUGAUUGCUGAAGUUAACAUUCAAUAAUCUAUGACAUGUAAUGUGAACUCUUAAGUGAGGUAUAUCUUAGAUAAAUACAUUUCUUGAAGGCUAGUUAGUUUAAAUGAUCAAAUGCAUCAAUGAAAGACUGCUGUACAUUUUGCUUUC